CCAUAGGCGGAAGUGGCGGAGUCGGCCGUCUCGGUUUGCGUGGUUUUCUGCUUAGGAUGGAGUCGUCUGGGGUGCUCAGCGCAGAGGCCUUGCGGGAGCGGUUGCUUCAGGGGCUGGAGGCCGAGCAUGUGGAGGUGGAAGACACAACGCCUGGACGCUGUGCCACGAGCUUCAAGGUCCUGGUAGUUUCCCCACGUUUCCGAGGGAAAGCACUGUUACAGAGGCAUCGGCUGGUCAAUGAACUCUUAUCAGAGGAGCUGAAACACAUUCAUGCCUUUGAGCAGAGAACACUGACACCGGAGCAGUGGGCCAAAGAACAAGAAGCUAAGUGAGAGGACAGAGAAACAGCACUCCAGAGACCAAACCAAGGGCUCUAAGAGAGCAAGUGCCAUGGAAUGAACUUGAGCUACAGGAAGAUACAGGAGCCAUCCUUGUCACUCCAGAGUAGAGAAGAGCAUGGAGCAGAAAAUUAAAACAAAAAUGAAAUGG